AUGGACGUGCUGCAGAGGAUAUACGACACGGAAUUCUCAGAUCUACAUUCGGUAGACCAAGCUCCAUCAGUGGAAGAUGCGGAAGCCCUCCGGAUAGUAGAAAACGGAACGCAGUUUAUCGGGGGUCAUUUCGAAGUGCCUCUUCUGUGGGAAAGAGGCGCCAAUACCGGCUCCGGAAAUUAUGAAUCAGUAUUGGUCCGUUUGAAUCAACUUAAGGGCCGUUUGACACGUGACGAAACUCUACGAAACAGGUACGCCAAGGCAAUGAAACUAAUGAUCGAUAAGGGGUAUGCGUCCCCGGUGCCCGCCUACAAGCUUCACGAGGAAUAUCAGCCGAAGUGGUAUCUACCGCACCACGCCGUAAUCAACUCAAAGAAUCCGGAUAAGAUCCGUAUAGUAUUAGACUGUGCCGCCAAUCACAUGGGCAGUUCAUUGAACAGCAUGGUGCUACAAGGACCUGACAUCACGGCGAACUUUGUCUCAAUACUCCUCCGGUUUCGCAAGGAGCGUAUCGCGUUGAUGGCCGAUAUUGAGGAGAUGUUUAUGCAGGUCAAAGUGCCGGAGGAAGACAGAGGUGCAUUACGUUUCCUCUGUUGGACAGGAGGAGAUAUGAACGAACAAAUUAAAGAGUUCCAAAUGGUCUGGCAUCCGCUUGGUACUACGUCAUCCCCCCCUUCUGUUCUAACUUCGCGCUGCGCAAAACCGCCUCAACCUUUGGGGUGUUCUACGAUCGGUCAGUCUCUAAGGCGAUAG